AUGCUCUUCUCAUUCUAUUUAAAGCACAUGUUACCAUAUUUUAAAACCUUGAGCUCUAAGAAGUUCUCUGUAGUGAAGGUUUCGUGCCCUAUUGAAACUGAAAGCUUUCCGAAUGCAAGAUUCAAAGUUACAAGGGUUGCUACGAUUCAAGUUUACAAAUUCAAUCUUGCAGAUCUUCUAUUCCUGAACCUGUAUGAUUGGAUCUUGCUGAUCAAUCUAUUGAUGAAAGAUGAAAAGAAAUUUGAACCAAUCAUUUCACAUUUGAAGAGGAUGUUGGUCUUGUACAUCUUGGAGAUUGGAAAAAUGGGUGUUGAGAUUGCAGUAGUGCUGAGAAAGAAGCCAACUGUACUAUCCAAGGAAGCUUCGAAAGAUCAUGACAAAAUGAAGCCGGGCAGGAUACAAAAUGAUGGAUGGUUUAUGUCUUUCCACAUCUGA